AUGUCUAUUCCAUUUGGUGUUGAUUUAGGUAACAAUAAUACUGUUAUUGCUUGUGCUAAAAACAGAGGAAUUGAUAUUGUUGUCAAUGAAGUUUCAAAUAGAUCAACUCCUUCAUUAGUUGGUUUUGGUCAUAAAUCAAGAUAUUUAGGUGAAAGUGCUAAGAAUCAACAAACUUCCAAUAUUAAAAAUACCGUUGAUAAUUUAAAAAGAAUUGUUGGAUUACCUCAUGAUCAUCCAGAUUUUGAAAUUGAAAAAAAAUUUUUCACCAUUCCAUUAAUUAAAAAUGAAGUUGAUGGUGGCGUUUCUGGUAAAGUUAAAUAUUUAACUAAAAAUCAUGAAUUCACUGCCACUCAAUUAUUAGCCAUGUAUUUAGAUAAAAUUAAAGAUACUGCCCUUAAAGAAACUAAAGGUAAUAUUUCUGAUAUUUGUUUAUCAGUUCCAGGUUGGUACACUGAAAAACAACGUCGUGCUGCUGCUGAUGCUUGUAAAAUUGCUGGAUUAAACCCAGUUAGAAUUGUUAAUGAAGUCACUGCUGCUGCUGUUGGUUAUGGUGUUUUCAAAGCUGGUGAAUUACCAGAAGAUGAAUACAAAAAAGUUGCCUUUGUUGAUGUUGGUCAUUCAUCUUAUCAAGUUUCUAUUGCUGCUGUUAAAAAAGGUGAAUUGAAAAUUUUGGGUUCAGCUUAUGAUAAACAUUUUGGUGGUAGAAAUUUCGAUUUUGCUAUUGCUGAACAUUUUGCUAAAGAAUUUAAAUCUAAAUAUAAGAUUGAUGUUCAUGAAAAUCCAAAGGCUUUCUAUCGUGUUUUGGUUGCUGCUGAAAAAUUGAAAAAAGUUUUAUCGGCCAACACUCAAGCUCCUUUCAACAUUGAAUCCGUCAUGAAUGAUGUUGAUGUUUCUUCAUCUUUAACUAGAGAAGAAUUGGAAGAAUUAGUACAACCUUUAUUGGAUAGAAUUAAUGUUCCAAUUGAAACUGCCUUGAAAGAUGCUGGUAUUACCGUUGAUGAAUUAGAUUCAAUUGAAGUCAUUGGUGGUUCUUCAAGAAUCCCAGCUGUUAAAACCAGAAUUUCCGAAAUUUUCGGUAAACCAUUGUCUUUUACUUUGAAUCAAGAUGAAGCCAUUGCCAAAGGUAAUGCUUAUAUUUGUGCUUGUCAUUCUCCAACCGUUAGAGUAAGACCAUUCAAAUUUGAAGAUUAUAAUCAAUACACUGUUUCUUAUUUCUGGGAUAAAGAAGAUGAAGAAGAUGAUCAUUUAGAAGUUUUCCCUAAAGGUGGUUUAUUCCCUUCAACAAAAAUCAUCACUUUAUUCAGAAAAGGUCCAUCAUUUGAAAUUGAAGCUAAAUAUACCAAACCAGAAGAAUUACCAAAAGGUACUGAACUUCAUAUUGCUAAAUGGAAAAUCAGUGGUGUUGUUCCUAAUGAAGGUGAAUCAUCCAUUGCCACCAAGAUAAAAUUGAGAAAUGAUCCAUCUGGAUUUUACACCAUUGAAAGUGCUCACACCGUUGAAGAACAAAUCGUUAAAGAAUUGAUUGAACCAGCUGAAGGUGAAGAAGUUGAUGAAGAUGCUGAACCACAAUAUAGAGAAGUUAAAAAAUUGGUCAAGAAGAACGAUUUGACCAUUGAAUGUGAAUCAGCUGCUUUACCAGAUGCUGAAUUACAAGCUUUUAUUGAAAAAGAAGCUUCUAUGGUUAUGGAAGACAAAUUAGUUUUCGAUACCGAAGAAAGAAAAAAUCAAUUGGAGGAAUAUAUUUAUGAAUUAAGAGGUAAAUUGGAUGAAGAAUAUAAAGAUUUUGCUAGUGAUCAAGAAAAAGAAAAAUUAUCCGGAUUAUUAAUGAAAGCUGAAGAUUGGUUAUAUGAAGAUGGUGAAGAUAGUACUAAAGCUAAAUAUAUUGCUAAAUAUGAAGAAUUAGCUUCCAUUGGUAAUGUUAUCAAAGGUAGAUAUUUAGCUAAAGAACAAGAAAAAAAGGAACAAUAUAGACAAAAGCAAGAAGCCGCUCAAGCUGCUGCUAUGGCUGAAAAAAUGGCUGCUCAAAGAGAAGCUUCCAAAAAACAAGAAUCUUCUUCUUCAGGAAAGAACAAUAAAGAUACUGAAGGCGAUGUUGAUAUGGAUUAA